AUGGCACAGAACCUCCCUAGCUCCGAUAUCAAAUCGUGGACCCGCCCGGCACCUAAGGGAUACAAAUUCACCAAUGCCAAUAUUGUUGAUGUCGCGUUAGGCACAAUCAUAGAAAACCAGACACUUAUCGCUACGGAUGUGAAAAUUGCCUAUCUAGGCCAGGAAUCAUCCGCACCCGCACCAACAGAACUCGAGACCGUGGAUUGCCAAGGCAAAUAUCUUAGUCUAGGCCUGUUCGAUGUUUCAGUGACUUAUCUAAAGCCUUCGGAAAUCUAA